UUUCAAGAUUGAAUCGUUUAACAGGGGAUUUUUACAGAAAGAAACUGAGAAUACAGCUAAGGUAAAGCCAACUUCAAGUUACUCCAUUACCACGCGAUGGGGGAAAGUCCAAGUAUAGCUUAUGAGGCGUAGCUCAGCGUGGUCGCCGCAUUGGAUAAAUAACAAGAUGCACUGUGGUUUAUCUUAGCAUCCUACAAGAUUACAGUCGAAAGACAAAAGAAUCUUGACGUCUUCUGCCUGGUUAUUUUCAAGUCAUCUGUAAUUUGAGGCGUGAUAAUAAUAAUAUUCGACAUUGAUCAAACUAUUGUCAUGAAAAGUCAAUAUCAUCAAGAAUCGCUGCUGGGUGUCAUUUAUAUAUAAGCUUGUGGCUUAUUUAAAUUCUACAAGCUGAGAAUAACAACAACAGAUAGGCGAAGGCUCACAAACCUAACAGGAGCAACUGCAGCAGUUCCUCAGCGUUGACUUUGGCAGCCGAUAAGCGGAAAAAUAUUAUUGUACUUUGUCUUGGUACAUCAAGUGGUUUGCACGGAGGAUGCCAGCACAUCGAGUUGAACAGGAGCCAGUGCCUUCAGAUAUAAGAUUUGGUCUGGGAAUGACACCGUUUGGUGCGAUCACUUUAGCUGGAAGUCAAAAUUGGCUUGAAUUGUUAACAGCAUCAAACGUAUUCUCCGUACGAAGGAAGGCACAUGCUAGAUGCAAUAAAACAAAACACGUAAAACCGCGACACCGGUCCAGGACAUUCGAUGACAUCAUAUUCACUAAAGUUGAAACUGUUGAAAAAAGAGAAAAAAAAAUCCCACCACAAACAACGAAUUCGUUGCCAAAACCUCCCACUUUGAUAAAGCCUCGUGUUCCUGUCAUCAAUAUUAUAAAAGCGAGUAAUGAAAGUAUUCCUGAUGUGUAUAUUUCCGAGUCUUCUGACGAAGAAUCUGAUUCUGAGGAUGGCGAAGAUUUCAUUUAUGAAUGUCCCGGAUUAGCUGCUUCGGGAGAGGAUAUGACAGUGGAAAAUCCAUUGUUCCAAGAGAAACACUAUCAAAGCAGUUACAGAACUCCGGAACUUCCCAAAAAAUAUUGGAAAGAUGUCUAUGUCGAAUCGGUGUGAUUUUUAAAUGCAGAAUAUUUUUUACUACUGUUUUCGUGAAAGUUGGGUUUUGAUUAGUUUUGUUUCAUAUCAGUUCUUGAAUAUUUUUUAUCCGAAGAUGUCGUUGAAUAUAACACGCAUUCAGGGCCCAUUCAAAGCAGAUAUAUGUGCUUCAACACACUUUUUAUCUGUUUCUCUUAAUCUCUUAUUAUAUUUAUACCAUGAUCAGCACAAAAACGAACGGCAAGUCGUCGCAAAUUUAUACUCUCUUUUGAGAAAUGUGAACUGAAUAUUAAUCUAGCUUGAACGUAUAGCAGAAAGUAUGAAAACGAGUCGGCUAUUUGUCAAAGUGUACAUACACUGCCGGCGUAGACAGUAGACUUAGAUAUACGUGUUCACUUGCAAAUCUGAUGUUUCUAGCUUUAUUUUUAAUCAGUGAUUUUCUAUGCCACAGAAGAAGUUUAAAUAUGCGCCGACUACCGUUUGUGUGGUUUGAUCUGUCCUUACUGAAACUUAAUUUUGUUGUUCUGCCGGGUGUACAUAGUUCAGUGUAAAUAGA